AUGGCCUCGUCAACAAACGGAAAGGCAAACAAUGACCCUGAUGGUAGUUCGGUCUUGACUCGCAACUCUGCAACUUCGGAGAGCCACGCCACCCACUGGGAAUUUGACGUGGCCAUGCAGGGCUAUACUUUAAGGCCACCCGGUCUAUACGUCCAUCGGGAUGCAGAUGCCAAAAAGCGAGCGUUUCAGAACCCGGAAUUAUACGUAAUGAUACAUCGCCAUAGCCAAGCUGAGCGGUCUAUGCGCAUGUUCAGCAUGGUCGACCGAAAAUAUGCUCCCCGCACAUCCUCCACAGCGGUGUAA